AUGCCGAAAUCCAAGCGCGCAAAGGUGGUUCACCUCACCAAAGUCGAUAAGAAGGGAAAAGAGUUAACGCUCAAACUCUUCUCCAACGUGCGAGAAUGUCUGGAUACUUAUCAGUACUGUUUCGUUUUCUCGGUGGAUAAUAUGAGGAAUACGUAUUUGAAGGACGUACGGGCUGAAUUGAGCGAUUCAAGGAUAUUCUUCGGCAAAACAAAAGUAAUGGCCAAAGCCCUCGGGCAAAACGAAGCAGAAGCGCAUCAACCAAACACGCAUCUACUCUCCCCGCACCUCGUGGGGAACGUAGGAUUACUGUUCACGAACCGUGAUCCAGAAGCCAUCAUCACCUUCUUCAACGGAUUAUCAAAGACGGAUUUUGCGCGCGCGGGGACGGAGGCGACGCGGGAGUUUACGAUUCCAGCGGGAACGGUGAUGAGUAUGGGUGGGGAGAUCGAGGAGGAGAACGAUGUGCCGUUGGCGCACAAUUUAGAGCCAGAGUUGAGGAAAUUGAAUGUGCCGAGUAGUUUGGUGAAGGGGAAGAUUACGUUGCAGAAUCCGUAUACGGUUUGUAAGGAGGGGGAUGUGUUAGAUAGUAGACAGACGAGGUUACUGAAGAUGUUUGGGGUUGCGACGGCCGAGUUUACCGUUAAGCUCGUUGCGUACUGGAGUUCAGCGACAAGUGAGGUCACUGUAGUAGACGCAAUGGAAGCGUGA